CUUAUUCUUUUUAUUUAUUAAUGGUUCGACUAGGUCGAAAACACAUUAUACCUUUAUUUACACUAUGCUGCAGUUGUCUUGUCGUGAAUACUUUGGCUAAUCAAAUUGUAGUGACUUCAGUAGAAAAGAAUACAGACAAUAAUGGUCAGCAGCUAUACAAUCUAGCCAUAGAGCAACUUAAAGAAAUAGAAAAGAGACAUAGUCAUACCCAAACAUACAAUAAUAAACCUACUGGAUAUCUUCAGUAUCUGUUCUCUCUGUUCGAGCAGACAACAGAAAUUACAACAACAUUCAACAAGGAGAGUCACCAAGACAGUACGGUGAGCAAAGAAUAUCACGAUGCCAUCGCCCUUUUGCAAGAAGCAGCAACCACAUUUCAAAACAAUGAUGCUUUACUUCUUUUGGCCGAGCUAAACUUUUUUUCAAAAUACGCGCAUCCAAGAAACUAUCAGCAAGCAUUUAGAUACUAUAACGAAUUAGCCAGCAAAGGUAACGCAACUGCGCAAUAUAUGCUGGGAUUCAUGCACACAACAGGCAUUGGAGUGCAGCAAAAGGAUGAAGCAAAGGGAUCGAUUUAUUAUACCUUUGCAGCUGAAGGAGGAGACACGUUAGCCGAGAUGACACUGGGCUAUAGGCACCUAUAUGGCAUUCAUACUGACGAAAAUUGUGAGGAUUCCCUUCGCUACUAUAGAAACGUGGCAGAGAAAGCAAUUCACCAUUAUCUCUCAGGACCACCUUUAGGCCGUCAUUUGCCAUUUGCCAAGGUACGCUUACCAGACGAACAGGGCGGCAUAUAUGGAUUCACGGCCAGUGCGAUAGCAGACAAAAAACGAGUUCAACGAUCAGAGACAAGUAUGAAGGAACUGAUGCAGUACUGGAAAUACCUUGCUGAGAGCGAAGACGAUAAAGAGGCAUUGUUGAUGCUGGGCAAAGUGUAUUAUUUUGGUACUCGGGAUAUUCCGAGGGAUUAUACGGAAGCCAUAAAGUACUUUAAGCAAAUCGCUGAUAAAAAACUUUUGACGUCAGCCAACAGAAAGAAGGAGGAGAGCAAAAUUCUGGGUCAAGCUGCAGGAUACUUGGGCCUGAUGCAUUGGCGUGGUGAAGGCGUCCCUGCGAGUGUGAAGCAUGCUUAUGAAUGGUUCAAAUUUGGCCUCACGUUUGAUGAUCCAGCAUCCCAGAAUGCUAUCGGGCUCAUGUAUAAGAACGGUAUCGGUAUUGAUAAAGAUCAACGUUAUGCAUUGCAUUACUUUAAAGCAGCUGCUAGUCAGAAUCAUCCAGAUGCCAUGGUCAACUUAGCCCUUGAGUACGCGCAAGACGAUAUAACUCUGCCGACAGCCAUCGACUUGCUCACAAAGGCUGCAGAAAAGGAGCAUUUGCUCGCGUAUUGGUACCUUGGUCAAUUAAAUGAUCAAGGUUAUAGUUCAAGUCGUUCAUGCCGUGUCGCAGUACAUUACUAUAAGGCGAUCUCUGAAAUAGGCGACUGGCUAUAUCCAACAGUAGAGGAAGGUUACAGUGCCUAUAAACAAGGAGAUCAUGAAAGUGCAUUACUUUUUUAUACUUUGGCAGCAGAGAGAGGCUAUGAGGUUUCACAGUCUAAUGUUGCUUACCUAUUAGACCCUGAUAAAAGAGUCUGGGAUUUUAGAUCCUUGUUUACAAAGCAAGAAAAGCCCAGAGAUAUUGAAGGAGAACGCACAGCAUUUACAUAUUGGUCAAGAGCCGCUCAUCAAAGCAACAUAGAUGCUCGUGUCAAGAUGUGUGAUUACUAUUACAAGGGCAUUGGCACAAAGGCAGAUCCCGAAAAAGCAGCAGCUUGUUAUCGCAAUGCUGCAGAAAAUGGUCGUUCGUCUUUAGCUUAUUGGAACCUUGGGUGGAUGUAUGAAAAUGGUAUUGGCGUAAAACAGGAUUUUCCUUUAGCAAAGAGAGCCUAUGACAAUGCAUUAGCAACUUGGCCAGAUGCAUAUUUACCUGUUAAACUUUCUUUGCUGUCAUGUUUGAGAAAAUGGUGGUGGCAUAGAAUGACAAGUAAAGAUCAAUAAGAGAAAACGGUACUGGGUAUUACUUCUUCUUUUUUUAUAGCUAUAACUAAAUAAACAACGUGUAUCAAGUGCUAUUAACCUUCUUUGAUCCUCUGAGAGUAUACUUGUAUAUUUCAAUAAAGAGUAAAUAACCAAAUCUCUCCUUUUAUCCUUGGACUACCAUGAUACGAACAGGAG